AACGCGUGAGAGGUGUCGUGACUCGUAAGCGCGAAGCCGGAGCGGACAGAGUCGGAGCUUUUUUUUCUCUUCCGUGGACAUCUAGAGUGGAAAAAAGAUAACAAAAGAAAAAAAUCGCAGUCGGGGUUUAAAUUCAGGAGAUAGAAAUGCUUUUUACUCGGUCAGAGGAAUAAAACAGGAUUCCCGCCGUGAGGGUGACGGUUAAAGCGCAGUGAAGGACUGAGGAGAUGAGAGACGGAGCGGAGUUGAGGAAUCGGUUGCGGAGUCGUUUGGUGCGUAGGUGACUCCUGAGAAGGAUGCCCGAUGCUACAGAGUGAGUUUAGUCUUGAACGCCAGACAUGGGGUCAGAAAUUCUUAAGGCCGGCGGCAUGAGUCAAAGGCCUCACUGCCAACAUGGAUCAUUAUAGCUGACAAAUGCUGAUGAUGAAGCAUGUAACACCAAGAAGUUUGGGACCGUGGCAUUGAGGAAGACUGAGCUCUACCGAUCCUCCUCGUGCCACUGCUGUUCAGCAUGAUGCGCCUGCUUUCACUGAAGCUUGCCCGCGUUUACCGGUGCAGCAAGUUCCUUUUAAUCGCAGCUCUUUUUGUCGUCUUGCUCAUGAAUACCCACAACUUGCUGGCCUCUUUCCAGAGGAACGAGCUCACUGACCGCCGCUUCAUCGGCCUCAACAAGUGUCCGGCCUGCUUCGGGACCAGUUGGUGUCGCAAGUUCACAAACGGCCAGGUGACCUUCGAGACAUGGGGAAGACUGCGUUUUUUGGACUUCUUUAAUGUAAAAAACGUUUACUUUGCACAGUAUGGUGAACCCCGGGAAGGCACACGGAGGGUGGUGCUCAAACGCCUGGGCUCCAACGCAGAACUCGCAGAGAUAGAUCAGAAGAUUUGCAAGAGGGCAACGGGAAGACCUCGCUGCGACCUUGUCCAAGCCAUGUACAAAACGGAGUUUGCACGACUUAACGGGGAUGUGAGGUUGCUGACUCCGGAGGUGGUGGAAGGCUGGUCCGACAUGGUGCACUGCCCCUCCCAGAGACUCCUGGAUCGGGUUGUUAGGAGGUACGCCGAGACCAAAGACUCUGGAAGCUUCCUCUUGAAGAAUCUAAAGGACACCGAGAGGAUGCAGCUACUGAUGACACUGGCGUUUAAUCCGGAGCCUUUGGUGCUACAGAGCUUCCCCUCAGACGAGGGCUGGCCUUUCGCCAAGUACCUGGGUGCGUGCGGCCGCAUGGUGGCUGUAAAUUACGUGGGCGAGGAGCUGUGGAGCUUCUACAAUGCCCCCUGGCAGAAGCGUGUGGAUUUGGCCAAGCAGCUGAUGGACAUCGCCGAGCAGCUCACCAACAACGACUUCGACUUCGCCCUUUACCUUCUCGACGUCAGCUUUGACAACUUCGCCGUCGGCCCGCGUGACGGAAAAGUCAUCGUGGUGGACGCAGAGAACGUCAUCGUGGCCGACAAGAGGCUGAUCAGGCAGAACAAGCCGGAGAACUACGACAUAUGGUACGAGAGCCGCUACGAAGAAUGCGACAAAGAAGCCUGCCUUUCGUUCUCCAAGGACAUCCUGUGCUCGCGGGUCACCGUCGACCACAAUUACUACGCCGUUUGCCAGAACCUGCUGUCUCGCUUCGCCACGUGGCGCGGCUCCACCGGUGGCCUCCUCCACGACCCGCCCCCUGACGUCACCCAAGAUGGCCAUCUCGCGGCGCUGCUGGACGAAUGCGCCCGGCCUCAGAAGCACUACGGACGUUUCCAGGCAGCCAAGGAUCUGCGCGAGUACCUGACACAACUAACAGAACAAGCUAGCACUAAGAGGUAGUACACGGAGAGAGGCGGACUUCCUCCGCCCCAGUACACAGCGUUAAAGUGAAGCGGCCGUGCUCUGAGACACUUUUUUUUGUUGUUUUUGGGAACUGCUGCCUGCUGAAGGUUGUAACAUUGACAGAUGCUAAUUAAAGGAGUUUUGCACAUGGACCUGGCUGUAAGCAAUGAGUGAAGAGAUGCAGUGGUGUGUGUGUGUGUGUGUGUGUGUGUGUGUGUGUGUGUGUGUGUGUGUGUGUGUGUGUGUGUGUGUGUGUGUGUGUGUGAUGUUGCGUCAAUUCUAAUACAGGAGCCUUGUUAUCGGUAAUAGUGGUGUGUGAUGCACACUUGCUCCGUCUGGCCUCUGAUCACGAUCCUCUAACGAGGUUUAUGUUUAAUUUAUCGAGGCUCAUGCAGAGGAAUGACCCCAAAGCAGAGUCACGGGGUCACAGAAAAAAAGCCUUGUUUUGUUUUUAGUGUUUAUCAAGAGAGGGGGGAGGGGGGGGGGUGUGCAGGUUUUUUGUUUGUUUGUCUUUUGAAAAUGUUGAAUUUUUCUUACCCAUCCUCAUUAGGACACAUCAUUAGGGCCCUAUGAGUUCUGCGGGACGACAAAACCGAGGCGCUGAUCGCGGAUAUGCAGUAAAUGCAUCCGAUAAUUCCCUGUAUGUGAAAAAUUCAAACGAUUACGAUAUCUGAGCCAUUCUAAUAUUCUGUUCGUAUCGCUAAUCGAACUGAAACGUACAGAAAAUCACAUAAAAUGAGGUAGCUAAUGUCGUUAGAAUAGCGAUUGGCACCGUGGAAUAGUGAUCAGCACGUAAUAAGUUACACUAGAUGUAACCUACGCUAGCUAAAAACAAUCCAUCUGAAACGUUUUAUGUUACGAAGCUAAGCGGAUCUCAUAGGACCCUACAGUAUGUUAGCAAAACCCUUGUGAUGUAUGCAAGAGAAGAUACCAAAGAAAUGUAUUUUUCAUUUUAAUAAUUACUUUUAUUUUUCAAGAAGGGAAAGUACAGUCUUCUUUUUCCAAGUCGUAACCGUGUACUCACCCAGACUGACGCAGGCCCAUACUUUGUUCUAACCCUUGCACUACAAAACGAGCGCCAAGUUUACAGAGGUGACUCGCACUACAUGUCCGCUUGUCGAAUUCAGAGCCUUUUCAACGUGGUAUUUGAUUAUUUUGCUCCAUAGAUUCAUAUGUACUGGUGUGUGAUUUUUUUUUUUUUCUUUUUCUUUUCUUUUUUUUUUUUUUUUACCUUUAUGUUCCUUGCAUUGUUUUCAGUCAUAUCCUCUGUGCCCUUCAAGGCUACUCAGUAAAUGUGGUCUUACCGUGCCUUCAGUCUUUACAACUCAAUUAAAAACAUUAAAGUUUGUUCAAAAUCA